CCUUAUUGCUGCGUCUGUGUUUCAGCUGAAGAAAGAUCUGAAGAGACGAGUCGACAACUGAAUGAAAUGGAAGAUGAAGAGAAUAAGAAGCAUCACAAUUUCACUGGAGAAAAUUUGUUUAAUUGCUCAAAGACUAAAAAGACUUAUUCACGAAAAAGAGCUCAAAAGACAGGAGCUGGAAGUCAUUUCACCUGCCAACAAUGUGGAAAGAGUUUCACUACAAAAGGAAACCUUGGCGCCCAUAUGAGAAUUCACACUGGAGAAAAGCCUUACACCUGCCAACAAUGUGGAAAGAGUUUCACUACAAAAGGAAACCUUGACAUCCAUAUGAGAAUUCACACGGGAGAAAAGCCUUGCAUCUGCCAACAAUGUGGAAAGAGUUUCACUACAAAAGGAAACCUUGACACCCAUAUGCGAAUUCACACUGGAGAAAAGCCUUACACCUGCCAACAAUGUGGAAAGAAUUUCACUAAAAAAGGAAACCUUGACGCCCAUAUGAGAAUUCACACGGGAGAAAAGCCUUGCAUCUGCCAACAAUGUGGAAAGAGUUUCACUACAAAAGGAAACCUUGACAUCCAUAUGAGAAUUCACACGGGAGAAAAGCCUUGCAUCUGCCAACAAUGUGGAAAGAGUUUCACUACAAAAGGAAACCUUGAUGCCCAUAUGAGAAUUCACACGGGAGAAAAGCCUUACACCUGCCAACAAUGUGGAAAGAAUUUCACUAAAAAAGGAAACCUUGAUGCCCAUAUGAGAAUUCACACUGGAGAGAAGCCUUUCACCUGCAAACAGUGUGGAAAGAGUUUCACUAAAAAAGGAAACCUUGACCCCCAUAUGAGAAUUCACACUGGUAAGAAGCCUUAACACAUUGGUCUCACACUCAAUUCCUGGAGGGCCACAGUGCUGCACAGUUUAGCUCCAACCCUAAUCAAACACACCUGA